GGGGACCAGGAACAUACCUGUAGCCAAAGGCGGGAGAAAAAAGAAGAACAAGAAGAGACAGUUCGCCUCGGUCGUACGAAUACACAGUCUGGAGAUUUAUAUCUGCAGGCGAACUCCUGUCACGUCCUGUCCAACUCUCGUUUCAUCGACCUGCCCCCUCCUCUCGCCAGCACGAACCCGCUUGCUUUCCCGCUACACUGCGUACAACGACUGCUACGAUUACGACGACCACGACGAAAACCACGAGCUGUACACCGAUAUACCCUCUUCAGCUGCUUCGCUCCUCCGAACCGAUUUAGCUUCCAUGAUUCUCACACCAAGCUGUAG